UAUGGAUCAUUUAAAGACUGAAACAAUAAAACAUGAAUUUCCCAAUAUAGCUGACAGUAAAAAUGUAUAUAGUAGCUGUUCAAACGAAAAAACAACUAAUAAAACUGUUGAUUCAGAUUUAGACAAGUCUAGAAACCUUCAGGUAGCCUACGAAAGAAAGCAAAAAAAGAAACUCUCCACAUACUCUAUGAUCAAUAAUGAGAAAGACAAUAUCAAUAAUGAGUUACAAACAGAUAAAUUAAAAGAUCAAACAAGAUACGUAACUAGGAAGAAGAAGUUUACUAAUUGGCUGGAAGAACAAGAAAAGAAAGAGUCUAAGAAACCAUUAGCAGUAAUUGAAGAUUGUCAUCCUAUUGCGAAAAAGUCAUCUAAAAUGAGAAAGAGUGGACAAAAGAAAACCGGAAGAUUUGAUGGUAUAUCCGAGGAAGAGAUAAUGAGAAAGUUAUUACCCGAUCAUUUGGCUUAUGGCUUAGACAUAUUAAUCAUUGGAAUAAAUCCUGGUCUCAAAGCUGCUCAUGUUGGACAUCAUUACGCAGGGCCUGGAAAUCACUUCUGGAAGUGUUUGUUCCUUUCCGGUUUGACUCCCACUCAAAUGACAGCCUAUGAUGACUUUAAACUCAUUGAUUUUGGGAUAGGUUUUACAAAUAUUGUUGAUAGAACAACAAAAAGUUUUGCCGAUUUAAAAAAGAGUGAAGUUCAAGAAGGGGCGAAAAAAUUAAAGGAAAAGGUCUUGAAAUAUAAGCCUAAAAUUGCAGUAUUUAACGGAAAAGGAAUUUACGAAAUUUUUAGCGGAAAUAAGAAAAUUCACUUAGGCAAACAACCAAAACACUUUCCAGACUGUCCAGAAACUGAUAUUUUUGUCAUGCCAUCUUCAAGCGCACGUUUUGCUCAAUUACCGAGAGCUAUUGACAAACUGCCAUAUUACAAGGCAUUGAAAUUGUUCAGAGACAAACUUAAAGGCGAUCUGACUGAUGUUGCGGAUGAUGAUAUAACUUUUACAGAUCCUUUACCGUCGAUACACAAGGUAAAAGGAUUAUUUUAUUAUUAAUACAUAUAAUGAAUGCUAUUCAUUAUUCUGUUUAUCUCUUUUUUUUCUCACGAUCUAUUAUUAGUCGAAUAAAAGAAAAGAUGCUAAAAUAUGACGACUGCAACAAAAGGAAAUCUUCAAAUGUACAGUUCUUUGUAAUCUAUUAUAUAAAAUAUGUAAGAUUUUAUAAAUUGUUAAUUUUUUUAUUUGGAUUUCAAAGCAAAAAUACUCUUUAUCUUUCUUUAAAAUGUAUAUAAAUAUUGCCAUUGAAUACAAG